AUGUCAGAUUCGGAAGAGUUUCUGACUGCCAGCAGACAACGCCGGUCAAAUGCUGGUAGCAAAAUGCAGAAAUUGAUAGAUCAGGAGCGUCAAGAGUUGCAAGAAAGGACGGCUAACUUGGAUGACGAUGAGAUUAACCUUUUAUUCCAGGAAGAAGAGGGUGACGAGGAGUUCAAAGCUGACACUAAACGCCGCAAAGACGAAGAUGAUGUAUUUUCUGAAUCUGACGAAGAAAGCGACGGUGAAGAGGAUGACGAAGCGGGAGAACGAGAGUUGGAACAACAAGAACGAAAGAGACGCAAACAACAGAAGAAACACACAAUUCCUGUGGUUAAAAAGAGGGCAACCUCAACAGAUAUGGUAUCCAAACCGCUAUAUGAGCAGCCAAAAGCCGAAAGUUUGCUUCUUGACAACCGGAGGACGUCUAAACGGUCUUCGGUAGUUGCAAACAAACUACAGAUCUACGAAAAGUUGUCCCUUGCAGAGAAGAAGAGAGAGAAGAUACAGAAUCGUUUACGGCAAACAAAGGCAAAAAUGGCCUUCGUGGAACUUACCCAAGAAGACCGGCUGCGACAAGCGGAGGAAACCGAACUAAUAAAUACACAGAGUUUAACAAGAUUCAGAGAGGAGGAAAUCUACAAGAAGGAAACGAGGGCUGCUAUGAACUUACGAAGAAAGGUCAAGUUUGCCGCUGGGGAAAUAAUGCUGCGGGUCAAUACUACCGGAUGGAAAGUGACACCUGCCAUGGAAGUGGCGGAUCGAGAAUAUUGGGAGCUACAGUUGAGCAAACGGCACAAGAAGAAAAAGAAGUAUACGAGAAGAAAAAAGAAUAAGGAUAACGCAAAAGGUGAGGAAAAUAGUGGAAUCGCUACUCCUGGCGUAGAGAUCAUCAAGCCUGAAUCUACGGGCCCAAGCGCAAAUCCUAUCCAAGACGACAAACCAGUUGAUACACAAAGCGACGUAUCAAUAAAAAAACCAACUGUAGAAGACCGCAGAGCUGCCUCUACAGGGCCGGAUGUGCCGGGUAUUCCAGAUGUUCAAUCACCAAAGAGAAGCGCACAAGACAGUAUGGAUGAUCACAACGCGGAAAAUUCUAGUACAGGUAUAAUCGAAGAGAGUCGUGAAUUAGGAACAGAAAAACCUUUUAAGGAAUCCAACCAUGGAAUUAAACACUCCGUUUUGCAGGUUUAUCCAAAAAAGGAUCAGACAGGCUAUGAGGAGGCCACUGACAAAGACGAUAAUGUGACUUCUGGAGUUACAGAGGAGAAUAUUUCUGCGGAAAAUCCGGAACUUUCUAAGCCCGAGCUCAAUCCCAAACAAGUCUCUUUUGCCGCAGAAAACGAAGUCAGCACUUUUGAUCAUUCUUUACCACCGAAUACGCCUCUCUCCAAAGAGCCAUCAGCCGAGCCUGAAUAUUCUAGGCAAGACUCCGAGGAUUUGAUGGAUGAAGUUGAUGGGGAGACAGAUGCCUCUGAGAUAUAUGAGGGUCCCGAACAGCUUGUGGGCCGAAAUUUUGUGACCGUUUACACUUUUCCCGAGGAAAAUCCAAAGGUUCAUGAUAUUAGACCCUACAUUUUCGGCGAGCAAUGGGCGCAGCCCCUUAAUUCGCGUUCUGAGGAUGUCGAAACUAUUGCCAAGAUUACUAAUAAACAGGUCGGAGAUGAGUGGCUCGACCUCAGUGCUUCCUUGAUACCUGAUACAUCCAUAUUCGAAACGUUUCCGGGAUUUGGCGAAUAUGACAAAAAGGUUUCAACUGAAGUCGCAGAAGAGACUGACACAAAGCUCAAGCUAGAGCUUAAGACACCUGCCCCUACAGGGGUUAUACUACCAAAUGGUGUUCGAAAGAAGUGCCUGAUCACCAACCGUGAAUGCCAGUACUUCGAUCCGAAGAAUGGAGUUCCUUACGCUGAUGUUGACGCUUACAAAACUGUCCAGGAAUUGCAGGAUCCGAUUGGGGAAGGUGGGUCUGAAGAAGACCCUCGCCCUCGAUUUAAGUGGUUCGGUUUCGCUCGUGGUGGAAUAUUUUUGGACAUGAAGAGACUUCCGGCAAAGGGAGUCCCUGUGGGAUUUUAA